GCUGCAGAUCCGGAUGAGUUGCAACAUGCACCCCGUGACCGAUUAGGUUAUGGGCAAUUGGCGUGGGGAAAAGAGCCGCUCUUUCUGGGUUUGGGGCAUCAUCCCUUCGACCACAAUCCAUUUCUCCGCCAAAAGAUAGCUCCGAAGAACUGCAUUCAGCCGUGUUCAACGGUUUCUCGUAAUUUAUGAGCAUGGACGUCCAUCUCUUGAUGAACCAGCAAUCAGAUACCAUUUGGUAUCUUGAUCCAGAAGCGAGAGUCGGGGACACCAAGCAUGAACCAAGCGAGACGAGGGAUCUUCAUCAACCAUGGCGAUCCUACUGGCCACCUAAGUGCGAGAAAACGAUGCAAACCUGGCUUCAUUCAGAGUUCCCUGAGGUCUUGUCAUGGCGCUUCGAUCAUCGUCAGCCAUUCGAUCGUCCCUGGAGAAACUGGACACGAUCUGCCCGUGCAUUAGAGGAGCGGGCUGUGGGGUUGCCAUGUCGACCCACAAGGAGGCCAGCAGUUUCAGCCCAGAAUUUAGGAGCAUCAAGUGAUGUUGACGAUCUUAUCAAGGAUGCCAAGCUUCACGCUGCCGACCUUUCUAUAUUCCAUUUCCUGAUCCCUUUGAAUCUCUACAACACCGAAAAGCCAUAUCUGAGCAGGCUCCCGUCGGGGACCAAGCUUCCAAGGACAAAUAUAGUCACACAAAGUCAUUUUCUUAAAGUUUUCGAUGUCUCGGGGCACGAGAGCGAUUUUACGUUAGAGAGGUCUGGCUUCCACUACGCAAAGUCGCCAAUCCAUAUGGAUCAGUGGAAUGACUUUUCUGUUUGCUCAGAAUAUAUCCCCAAAGUUGAGGAAUGGUUAGUCAAACACCUGAAAUGUGCAGGCGCCUUCAUUUACGCAUAUAAUUUUCGAGGGAAAGACUCAGCCGAUAGCAAGAACAAAACAACCAAGACUCCAUUCUUACGAGCACACUGUGAUGCGACAGCCGCAUCCUGUUUCAAGAGACUACAGCUCUAUUUCCCACACCAAGCUCAAAAUUUGAUGAAAGAACGGGUCCGCUUCUUGAACAUAUGGAGACCUAUCUCUAUACCAGUCCAAGACUGCCCCCUCGCAAUGUGCGACUUCCGGUCCGUCGAUACGAAGGAUUUGAUCCCGGCCGAUAUCAUUUUCCCGCAUUAUCAAGACGAAGCCUAUGAAGUCCUUUCCAAUCCUGAUCAACGGUGGUUUUACAAAAAGGGAAUGGAGUGGGACGACGUACUCUUGUUUAAGCUGGGGGAUAAUUCGCCUGAUGAAGCACCGUUGUGUCCCCAUUCGGCUUUCAUGGACCCCUCGGUUCCCAAAGAUGCUCCUAGUCGAGUGAGCAUUGAAGUCAGAAGUAUUGUUUUUGGUUGAGUUCAUGACGCGAUAUAACUGUUAGAGAUUAUCUACUCAUAGUCCCAAAGUCAACUUGGACACUUCAUCUACUUCCCCUCCCUGAUGUUCCCGGACAAUCUCGUACAAUAAAGUUAAUAUAUCCUUUGCAUUGUAAUACUUCCGUGAUUCGGGGCAAUCUUGUUCAGCGCAAGCCAGGAGAUU